AUGUUGUAAUACUGAUUUAAUUCACUUCAUAUUCCGCCCCUCCCCCCUUCGCCUUUCAGCCUUGGCUGAUACCGGAACGGGCAGGACUCCACCUUGGAACUGUCCGCGAAAGAAGUGACGGAGGCGCCGAUGUAGGGGAAGCAAGCCGGCGAGUCUGAUCGUUGACGGGAGGGAGAGCGAGAAGGGCAGUCAGAAGGAGGACUAUGUUUUAAUAGGCGGAGUGUUAUUUUUUCCCCGGCUCUCGAGGGCAUUGCGCUUUUUUUUUCCCUGGGAAGCCAUGAUGGAAGUUUGAGAGUCCGGCGGCCGCACCGCCUCGGAAGAGCUGGAGUCGGUGCCGUGCCUGUGGCCGGAGCUGGAGCCGUGGCCGGGGCCGAGCAACGGGGGCUCGUCCCAGGAGCGAUUGGCUCACACCUACAGAGCGAGCGAAGCGGCGUCUGGCUUCCUGCUGUCUUUCCCCCCACCGACAAUUUGAUGGUUCAUUUUGAACGCGGAGCGGUUUUGGAUCCCGGAGUGUGGAUUAUAUCUGACGGAACAAGAGGAGGACCGACUGCGGAUAUAUAAUUUUUUUAAAAAAAUAUAUACGCAUAUAUAUAUAUUUUGUUUAGGAGGGCAUCUGUUUCGUUUUAAUCCCCGAAUUUCCCACCACCACCUCUUUUCUUCCCCCCCCACCUUGAACCACGGGUGAGGGUUUUUCCCCUCUCUCCUCCCCCCCGGCCGGCGGUAACGGCGGCGGCGGCGGCGGAGGUGAUCGUGGAGGAGGAAAAAUCGCAGGAAGAGACAGUGAAUGUGGCGACCGCCCCCAUCCUCCCCUCAUCCUACUCCUCCUCCCGCACUGCUUUCACUUUUACCCUACGGAUUAUUUCUUUCCCCUCCCCCAACUCCUUCGAUGGUGAUGUGAAAAAAACCGGACCGACCCCCCCGCGGAGAAUAUUAACGGGAGGCGAACGAGCCCGUCUGUGUGGGUGUAUGUGUGUGGCUUGGAUACGGUGUGUAGGCCUCUGUCUGACAGUAGCCGUAAUCUGCUAGAAGCCAAGAAACCAGUUCCACAUCCACCACCACCACCUCCUCUUCUGUCGGACUCACAGACAUGGCUUCGAGAAUCAAAGAACUUGUCAGUAGGAACAAGAGGAGAUACCAGGAAGAUGGAUUCGACUUGGACUUGACAUAUAUUUAUCCAAACAUCAUCGCCAUGGGAUUUCCAGCUGAGAGACUUGAAGGUGUCUACAGAAAUAACAUUGAUGAUGUAGUAAAGUUUCUGGAUGCAAAACACAAAAACCAUUACAAAAUAUACAACCUAUGUGCAGAAAGACAUUAUGAUGCUACUAAAUUUAAUUGCAGAGUCGCACAAUAUCCUUUUGAAGACCACAAUCCACCACAGCUAGAACUCAUAAAACCAUUUUGUGAAGACCUAGAUCACUGGUUAAGUGAAGAUGAUAACAAUGUUGCAGCAAUCCAUUGCAAAGCUGGAAAGGGACGGACAGGAGUAAUGAUCUGUGCUUAUUUGCUUCAUCGUGGCAAAUUUUCAAAAGCACAAGAAGCCCUAGAAUUCUAUGGCCAAGCGAGGACUAUAGAUAAGAAGGGUGUAACUAUUCCUAGCCAGAGGCGCUAUGUAUAUUAUUACAGCUAUCUUUUGAAGCACAGAUUGGAUUACAAACCAGUGGCAUUACUGUUUCACAAGAUGCAGUUUGAAACUGUUCCAAUGUUCAGUGGUGGAACUUGCAAUCCUAUGUUUGUGGUAUCGCAACUAAAGGUGAAAAUCUUCACUUCUUCUUUGGGACCGACUAGACGUGAAGAGAAGUACAUGUAUUUUGAUUUUCCUCAACCUCUACCAGUAUGUGGAGAUAUUAAAGUGGAAUUCUUCCACAAACAGAACAAGAUGAUGAAAAAGGAUAAAAUGUUCCAUUUCUGGAUAAAUACAUUCUUCAUCCCGCAACCAAAUGAGAACUUAGAUAAAGUAGAAAAUGGCAGUAUAGUUUCAGACAAGGAUGAUGAUGGUUGGCGUACAGAUAAUGACAAGGAAUAUCUGGCCCUCACAUUGACUAAAAAUGAACUUGACAAGGCAAAUAAAGACAAGGCCAACAGAUACUUCUCACCAAAUUUCAAGGUGAAGCUGUUAUUUACAAAAACGGUAGAGGAGCGACCACACCCCAUGGGCAACAGUUCAACCACAGUAACGCCAGAUGUUAGUGAUAAUGAACCAGAGGACUAUAGAUACUCAGACACCACUGACUCUGAUCCAGAGAAUGAACCUUUUGAUGAAGAUCAGCAUACGCAGAUAACAAAAGUCUGAAAUAUUUUUAUGGGAAAAUUAAAACUGCAAGAAAAAGGAAACACUUGAAUAAACUGAAAGCAAGUACCUUUUUUAAUGGCAAUAGGACAAUGUGUCAAGUAAAAUGCUACACCAAUUAUAGGAACAAUGAUCUUUUCCUGACCAAUGUUGUUUAGCCCCAUACACAUACAUCCACGAGGUUUUGACACUGUUGUCCAAUGAGAAAUGAUUGCGUAGAUAUGUAUAUACAUUUUGUGUGUCAAAUUACACAUAAAAGCGCAAUCAGGAAAAAAGAGGCACUUUCCCAUUUAAUUCCAGUUUUAUAAAAAGUGGAGACAGAUCUGGUGUGUACGUAGGAAAUUUUUUCCUUUUGUGUUAUGUUGCCAACAGUAGGUGCUCACUUACCUGUACAAAGGUUUUAAGCCCUGCCCCUUUAAAUCCAUGUAACAGCAGAUCAGUCUGUUACCAGCCAGGAGGAUUUUUGAAAAGGUUUUGCAUAAAAUGCAUGUUUUUUUGGGGGGGGAGGAGAGAAGGAAGUAGAGAGGAUGCACAGAAAGGAAAAUAAAAUCCAUAGUCUGGUUCCAGUACCACCUACAGCCUGUUGCACAUUUCUGCAAGGCAUUCAGUCUAGUAGAUAGUGCAACUGGCUGCUACUGCUGCUUGCUUUUUGUGCUUUCAAAGCACACUGGUGCUAGAAAAGGCAGCUGGAUUGAGAAAUUCUUUCUGGGAGGAGGCUUGAACCUUGGACAAAUAAAAUCUACUGGUCCACAGAUGUACAGAUUAUGGAGUCCAUGUAGGGCAAAUUUUCAAGUUUUUUCCUUCCUUUCCUAAGGGGUAUCGUGAGGUGGAGUCCCUUGGUAGAAAUUGCUCAAUUUUAUAAAUGUGGCAGCAUGCCCGCUCAAAAUAUGACAGUUAAUGUAAAAAGGAGAAUUUUACAAUGAUUUAAUAAGUUAGCUAGAAUUAUUUUAAUUGGUGCUGCUCCACUAUGUCCUGUGUAACCAAGGCCAGUGCUUGAAGUUGAUCACUCUUUUGUUAGUACUGUUUUGGACUUCAAGUCAAUAUCUAUAUAACUUAUCUUCAUUACAUUUGUGUAGUUCUAGCUGCUUUAUUUCUAUUGGCAAGAUGCCUUCUUUCUCCACAUCUCAUAUUGGCAUAUGAUAAGGCAGAAUUUGGAUUGGGAGUAUGCGGUGAGUUUAGGUGGCAUGUGUUACAUAAUGUGUUAUGUGGAAGUAACAGAAUUUACAGCCAAUGUUUCAACAGGAUAAACUGAUUUUUAGCAAGGUCACAGUAUGCACAGAAUUUUAACAUGAAAAUUAAGAGGUUUUGUAUUCAUAUUCUAGGAAGCUGUUUAUACCUUCCUCAUCCGUGACGGCAUGAAAUGAAGUCUCUUGUGUUCUGUUGGUUAAUGUGUUAAACCAGUAGUUGUCGUCAUUUCCUGUAAUUGUCGGAAAAUAGAACUGCAUACUCCCAUGGGGCCCAGCCAAUUGGAGUUGCGUAGAUAUGGUAAAAGUCUGAUGUGAGAAUGUUUUUAUGUUCUCUUUUAAGGAACAGAAAGAAGAUUGUGUUUUAGCUGGGGAAAACUAUUUUGCUGGAGGGUUAAUGCAUUGAAGUGUACCUAUUAUUUUCAUUACUUCAGCACAAAUUUUAUUAUGCUUGGCCAUUUGGUGAUGGACAGCUACAAUUACAAACAUUGCAUCCAGCUUCGUCUGGAAGUAACUUCCCAAAACAUUUAGUGUUGGUUAGUGUCUAGAUGUUUCAGUUCUGGUGUCUGUUCUUGCUAUAAACCACAAAUCUUUUAAAUCUUUCUUUGUAGUGGUGCUUUAAAACUGUCUAAAAGCUAAUGUGAAGAGCAUGAGUUGUGCAGUGAAAGAGAAAUGGACAAAUAUAGCUCAAGAGGGAAGGAGUGCAGGUUUAUAGAUCAAAUUACAAGCUUCAGUUGACAGUUUUCUUUUAUUGAUGGAACUUUCCUUUUAAUUUUUUUAUUGAUUUCCCCCAUCCCUUCAAAAUCUCUUCAUUUCUGUUGCUAAUAACUGAACAUUUGAGACAUGCCACUUUUGAAGAGUUUCCUUAUGUAUAUCAUCUUUCAUAAAGACGUUUACCACUAAAUCUUAUUUUUAUAUUGAUAAUAAAAGGAAAUUUUGACAACCAGGAGCAGGCAAUAAAAGCCCAUUUGUAAAAGGUGCACAAAAACAAGUGAAGGAAAACUUUCCUGCCUUACAUGCCUUGGAAAUACUUAGCUUGGCUUCAGGCAAAGUAUUUAUACAGCUUUAUUUUCCCUUUUAACAUUAGGGGGCAAAGAGGCGGCCCUUUCAUCUUCAGAACACUGAAAAUAAAAUUCUCAGUGUCACUUGGAACGCUAAGGAGCCAGGGUAAGAGCAGCUGCAUAUUGUACUGGGCUUUUGCACUGUAAGAGUUUUUUCAUAUUCUGUUGAAAAUCGAGGGUGUAUUGGGGUCCAUAAACAACUUUUCCAAACCUUCCAAAGGCUUGCAUGCUGAUGGUGGAAAAGGUGGCAAUAGUAUGUUUUCAUAUUCUUGUAUCAAUACCAUCCUUGUAGAGUCAGACAUGCGUUACUUUGACUGAAAGUUGUCCGGUCUCUUUUUUUAUUUAUGACAGUAUUCAUAAUUAGUCUGGUAAAUACAUUCUGUAGAUUAUCUUUGAGUUUCCAGACAAUAUGCUUAAUAAAAACAAUUCUUUGGAUGUGCAGCAGCUUAAUGUCUGAAAUUGUUUGUUGACAGCAUCACUGUAAAGGAAUUUAUUUGGCCAUCUUUAGUCAUCUGUAGCCCCACUGAAUUAUUUUUGCCACAGUAAAUCACAAAGGGCAGUUGCAUGGGUAGCCUCAGGGGUCCUGCACUGUGGCACAAGGUAUGGGCCGAGUGGAUUUCACAGGCAACAUCAAAUAUCCAAUUUUCAGCUUUAAAAUAUUCAUAAGGUGCCAGUGUGAGAGUUCAUUUCAUUAGUAAUACCAGAUUUGUGCAAUAUGUUUAACAAAGCCUGUGGUUGCCACAAAGUGCCUCUUGUUUACUUAAAAUACUGUUCAAAAUUUUGUCAUCAUGCAUGCAGAUGGAAAAGGUGGAACUGUGCACUAUAAAGGGGCUUCACUGCAGUGUAGGACAAAGCUGCCUGCUGCUCUGUCUGUUCAGAUUUGGAUUUUGUUUCAUAUAAAAGAUGUAUACAAAAAUAUAUUUUCAGCCUGUAAAACAGCCUUUUCCAUUUCAGCCUGUUAAAGAUACUAUUGUGCUGUGCAGCUAUUUGCUCUGUGUGUAAUGCUAUGCACUGAGAAUACACAAAAAGUAAACCAACAAAUGUAAAUUGUACAGGUUAUUGAUGCUCAUAAAAUCCAAUGUCCAUUUGUUAUUGUAUGUGUUGUUUGUUAACAACCCUUUAUCUUACUGUUAUAAACUCCACUUAAAACCGAUUAAAGAUUAAAGUCUCAUUCUUGUCAUUGUGCAAUAGUUAGAAUA